AUGGCCCAGGAAAACAAGAUGUGCAUCUGCCCCAUAUUAUCCACAAGAGGCGAAAACAUGGCCAAAGGCGGACAUUCACAUAGAACUACGCUCAAAAAGGAGCAUAAGCCAUUCAAGUCCAAGCAUGCGUCCAAGGGUCUGUUGAAAAACCAGUUUAAAGGUAAAGUGGAAAAGUCCACCAGCGGGAACAAUAAGCUGAUUCGGGUCAUGAGCAAAGCCGAGAGAAAGAACACCUCCAAGCAGUUGAAAGAGAAGAAAAUUCUCGACACGAAGAUGUCGCGUCGCUUGUUUGAAGGCAGUCUGGGCGCUGAAAAGAUUAUCACCAUCAUUGGACUUACAGACGACAUUAACACCGGAGAGAUUUUGGGCCAAUUGGUGAACUCUUUGAAGGAAGAGGAGGAUGACGUUGAAACAGAGUUUUCUGCUCCACGAGUGUAUAGUUUGCGCUUGCCACGGUUCAAGAACAACGUUAAGUUUGUGUUGCCUGAUCCCAAUGAUUUCAUUUCCAUUUUGGAUGCGGCUAAGGCCUCCGACUAUGUUGUGUUUGGUCUUUCUGCAGAACAAGAAGUGGAAAAGGAGUAUGGUGAACAGAUUUUGCGGGCUGUGGUGGCGCAGGGCGUGGCCACUGUUCUUGGUGUCGUUCCCAACCUUGUUUCAGCAUACCCAAAGAAAAAUCUCCAGCAAGAUAUUCGUCAAUCAUUGCAGUCUUUCUUCAGCCAUUUCUUUCCGAACGAGGAUAAGCUUUUCGCUUUGGAAAACACUAGCGAGUGCUUGAAUUGCAUUCGGGCCAUAGCACAGAAGUUCCCCAAAUCGGUCAAUUGGAGAGAUGCUCGGGCGUACAUUUUGGCCGACCAAACCUAUUGGAAUGGGGAAGGUGAAUCAGGGUUUGUCGUGGUCGAAGGUACAGCAAGAGGCAUUGGAUUCAAUGCCAAUCGUUUGGUCCAUAUUCCAGGCCAUGGUGAUUUCCAAUUGGAGCGGAUUGAGAAAAUUACCAAGCACAAAAAUGACGAAGGCGACGUUUUUACGCCGACUCUGGAACAAGAAGGUUUGGAGGAGUUGAAUCCAGAAGAGUUUGACAUGGAGGAUGAUUUCCAGUACGACGAUAUGGGUGUUCAGAUGGAAGGUAAAAACUACUUCGACGACAAUGCUGGACCAGCUGCCCGCAAGUACAAAGUUCCGAAAGGAACAUCUGAGUACCAAAGCAAAUGGCUUUUGGAUGAUGUUUUGGAAGGCGCUUCUGACGUCGAGGAAGAAGGAGAUGACGAGGAGGCCGAAAUGGAAAUGGAGAAUAUGGAUGAUGCCAUGGACGUCAACGGACUCAAUGGAAGUGAACAGAUGGACAUGGAUGAUAUGGACGAUAGACAAACAGUUGCUGACGAUUUUGUGGAGUUGUCUCCCCAAGAAGAAGAGGAACAGUUGCGUCAGUACCGUGAGAUGGAGAAAGAGGACCGGGAGUUCCCAGACGAAAUCGAAUUGGCGCCAUCUGAAUCAGCAAAAGAAAAACUUCGCGAGUACCGUGGAAUCAAAUCUUUGGGUACCUGCGACUGGGACUGGGACGAAUAUGACUCGCAUAGACCAAGCAUCUAUAGUCGUUUGUUGCACAUCACCAACUUCAAGGCCACUCGCAACAAAAUUCACAAAGAUGCUAUCAAAGAAGCACAAGUGAAUAUUGGAAGCAAAGUGCGUCUUUUCAUUCGUGCGCCCAAAUUCGUGCUUGACAAUGUGGAUGUUCUCCGUGCUCCUUUUGUUGUGUAUUCCCUUUUAGCUCACGAACACAAGCUUGCAGUUACCAACUUCUCCUUCCAAACAUGGGAAGACCACGAGGAGCCAGUUCCUUCGGGCGAAAACAUCGUUGUUCAAUAUGGUUUCCGAAGACAGGUGAUUCUGCCUAUGUUCAACCAGGCACUGAACACUUCGAACAAUGUUCACAAAUAUGAGAGGUUUGCACACCAGGGCAAUCUUAGCAUCGCCACGGCAAUUGCUCCUGUGCUUUUCUAUAAUGCACCGGCGCUUUUCUUCAAACCAGGCCCUGACGGCUCUAUCCAGAUGGUGGGUCAGGGUACAUUCUUGAACUGUGACCACACACGUGUUGCAGCAGAAAGAGUGGUGCUUACGGGCCAUCCAGUCAAAAUUCACAAGAGACUUGUCACCGUCAGAUACAUGUUCUUCCAUGUGGAAGAUAUCAACUGGUUCAAGGCUGUUCCUUUGUUCACGAAAUCAGGCCGCACAGGUUUUAUCAAGGAAAGUUUGGGUACGCAUGGCUACUUCAAGUGUACUUUCGACGGACGACUCACGGCUCAGGAUGUGGUGGCCAUGGCGCUUUACAGACGGGUGUGGCCCAGCAUUCUGGAACCAUACUAG